GCGGCCCCUUCUCGCCGGGAGGAUGGUGUACGCCGGCUGGACACAUCGGGGGAAAGGAGUCCUCCGCGUGCUCCGGCUUGGUACACGCGUCUUCAGUCCAUCGAGGAUCUUCGUCAAAAUUGCAUCCCUUUGCCGGCGGCGCGUCCUCCGGUUCGAAAGAGUGUCUCGAGUGUCUGGUAAACAUUUCUCGAGUUAACGAGGGGAAGUGUACAACGUGAGAGAGAGAGAGAGAGAGAGAGAGAAAGAGAUAAAUAGCUCGACAAAAUCAUGUGGAGAGUUCUGAUCGCUGGAUUUUGCACGGUCGCCGCUGCCGUUGCCCAGGAUUACGAGGUCUCGGACAUUCAGUGCAGCGGCGCGGGAUCGGCGGUCGAUCUCCUGACAGCGAAGAUCAAAAGGCCGGUCGGCUUCAGAGGCACGCCGCUCUUCGCGGACGACAGAUCGGCGAAUCCUCUCGCUGAUAUUCACUGCCAGAUCAGGCCGGAUCCGAACGAUCCACAGGAAGAUAACUACUUCCUGAAGGUGACUGACUUCUCCCGAUGCGGCAUCCUCAAGAGAAACGGAUUUAUCCAUCUGCGAGUGUGGUUUCCGGCCUUUCCCGGCGUGGUGAUGCUGGCCGAUCAGGAACUGAUCCUGAUGUGUCGGCCACCCGAGCCGACCCUGCUGAGGCACAAGGCUGCCGGUUUCGCCGGCACUUUUCCGCACGGCGCCAGGGUGUCUGGGGUGGUGGAGGAGACGCCUGGCCGGCUCGAGUACGAGGUGGCCCUUUAUCGCGAGGCGACCGGCAACGUAUCCGAUAAUUCGCAGACGGUCGAUCAGGCGGUACCGAUCGGUACGAAGCUGCAGCUGCGCGCCCGCAUCAGCCCGGACAGUGCCUGGGGCUACAUCAAGCUGCUGGAGGUGACGGUCAGUCCUGACCCGGAUCAACCCCACGCCCCUGGUAGCGUCGUGCUCGUAAAGGAUGGUUGUAGAAAUCGUGAUUUCGCAUCCAUCAUCCCGCAUCAACCGGCGAGGUACCGCGAGCGCAAGAACGAAGUCUUUCUCGACUUCGAGGCCUUCUUGCUUAGCUCGAUGAGGGAGCGCUCCACCCUUUGGAUCCACUCGCAGAUAAAAGCGUGCAUGGAGCCGCAAGAUUGUCAACCGGACUUCUGUCUCGAUCUCUUUGAACCUUCGGGACACGGGAAGAAGAGAAAAAGAUCCGUCGAGGCGAACGUAGAAGUAUUAGGCGAGUUCCUUCCAAAGGUUGAGCGUUUGAUCAAAAGGUAUAACGACUCCACACCGUACACAAAGUUCAAAGAGAAUAUUGAAUAUACAGUAAUGAUGCCCGAUGAUUUGUACGAUAAAGUGACAGCCGGCCUCGAAGGUAGCUGCGGAAAUUUCCUCUACGUAGCGACGGGAUUGGGUGCACUACUGGUGUUAUCAGCCUUUAUCAUGUGCUACUUAGCAUCGCGUCUUCACAAUCUGUCCUCGACGGUGCAGCAGAACAAGUCGAUCGACGAGUUGGUCAGAGACCGCACCAGGAAAUAUUGUGACAUCACACCCGGCUAUACCGGUCGUUCGACCAUGCAAUAGAGCGAUGCGCGAUUGAGAGAGAUUACAUAUAAAUCGCAUUGAAUACUCCUCACAGUGUACAUCACGCGUGCGUCGUGUAUAAUUAACGUAACGUUACUUUGAGAUAAGGAUGUUUAUUUGCAAAGAGAGCAACGUCACGUUUACGAACCACCUGGUUCUCCGUUUCAAGAUAUAGAAGAUACUCGUCUCACUUCGAUGACGAUACGUCAUUGACUGAUACGACAUGAUAUGAUACGUUACGUUAGUUGCAACUUCGUCGAGGAGUGAUUCAUGCGAAAAACUCUGAAUUAAUCAUUCAGAUAAAUGAACGACACCGCCCACCGUAGAAUAAAAAUAGUUCUCGUAACGAAGAACGUCUGGUGGCAAAUGACUGUGCUUCCCGUGUAAAAUAAAAAUUAAUUUUACGAUGAACCAAGUGAAAAUAAAUUGGGAAUUCGUGAAAGAAUUUGUCACUAAAGUUGGAGAUAAAACAUCGUUGCUUUAUCUUACGAAACAGAUACGAUAGAACACGAUAUGUCUUCGCGAGGAAGCACUUUUUAAUUCUUCUACAUAAAUACAACCAUAUAGUCUCUUCAUUUGUUACCCAAUUUUUGAUUCUAGUAAA